CAUACAAUUACACCAUGUGACCUCCGCUUCACCGUACAAACACAAACUGCAUCUUGUUGAAGACACUCAUCACAGAACAGCGUUUGACAGGGAAAAGACUUCAGAGAAGAGAUUAGAGAUCUAACAUGUAGUUUAGGCUGCAGAAAAGCGAUUCUGCUGGAUAACAUGACUGAUCUAAUAUUACAGUUUCUGGGAGUGAUUGGACAUUUUAUUCUAUUCUCAGUGGCCCAUCAUCAGGAAAGCUUCCACAGGUCAUUGACAGAUACUCUGGAUCCCACUCGGGGUCACGGGCAGCCUGGACUCUGUAACUACGGCUGGGACAUUUCCUGUUGUUUUGGAUGGAAGAAUGUUAAUGGCCUUUGUCAGCCCGUCUGUAGAAAGCCCUGCGUUAAGGGGAAAUGUGUGGGCCCCGACAAGUGUUCCUGCUUCACGGGGUACCGAGGACCACAUUGUGAUGAAGAUGUGAACGAGUGCGGUUUGCUGGAGAGGCCGUGUUCCCAGCGCUGCAUGAACACACCCGGUAGCUAUCGCUGUUACUGCGAGUCUGGAUACUCGCUCAGUGCAGAUGGAUACACCUGUACAAAAGAGAGAGAUUGUUUCUCAAUGCGCUGCCAGUUUGGAUGUCAGUUUGACAGAGCUGGAGCAGCUCACUGUCUUUGUCCUCCUGGCCUCCGUCUGGCUGCUGACAGUAGAACCUGUGAAGAUGUAGAUGAAUGUAGGGAAGCCAGUGUGUGUCCAUCACGUCGGACCUGCAAGAACACUUUUGGCAGCUUUGUUUGUGUUUGUCCAAAUGGUUUUGUGAUGGCGACUGUGAGGAACUCUGUGGAGUGUCGAGAUGAAAAUGAGUGUUUGACUGGGUCUCACACGUGCAGCCGCCAUGCUUGGUGCGUCAACACGGAUGGUUCCUACACCUGUCGGUGUCUAGGCGACUUCUUUGGCGAUGGACACACCUGCAGGCCGAGAAGAGCGCCACAGUCCAGCAGCGCCCUGUACUUCAACUACAAACUUUCCAAAAGGAUCAAACCAAUAUACUCUUUACUUUAAUUCACCUUCUAAGGACAUUCAAAGCAUAAGAAGAGAAAAGCUAAUUUAGUGGGCAUUAAAAAAAAGUAUCUUUUUUUUUUACUUGUAUGUCAAAAUGUUAGCUAUUUUUGGAUUAUUAUAUGAGGUAAACUUGCUUCCACUCUUGAAGUUUUGUUUUUCCCCAUUUCCAGCACCUGCAUUAUUUUUGCUUGAUGUGAGGUUUUUGCUCCAAACUCUUGGAUUUAUAUUUUAGACAUUUUUUUUUCCUUUUUUUCCAAAUCUCUAAAAUGAAUUUUAGUGACUUCAAACUGUGUCAAUAAAAGGCUGACCUCUGGUGGAUGAAAAAGGGUAGAUGCUGUGUCUUCGCUUUCUUUACAUUCAGGAGGAGUGUGGCUUCAACUCUUUACCCCACUGCAUUAAAGAACUAUAAAGAUUUUUUUAACUACAAUGUUUUAAACCCUUUGAUGAAAUUUACAGAAAACUUUUGCUACAUAUUUAUAUAUGAGUAAUAUAGCCUUAAUAAUAUUCAUGGAAUGAUUUGAUACGUAUUUUCUCAAAACAGUGUUUAGUCAGUCAAUUAGUUUGUUCAUCUUAAUUAACUGACCAUCUAAAAUUUGAUCGGCAUAUUUUUAAUGUGGUGUAACUAUUUUAUAAAGAAUUCGAUAUUGACAAAUGUUGUUUUCUAGUACAGGAAGUACUCAUGAAAAAAGCCUAACAAUAGAUGAGUUAUUAAUACCAUAAUGUUGUAAAAAUCAUCUAAACUUGUCCUGCCAAAAGUGUUUUUGAAAUUUCAUGUAAGCAGCCAUUUUGA